UCAAAUCAAAGCAAAACCAGAAAGUAAAGGUUAGAGAGAGUUCCUCAUGGCUUCUGAAACAUCCCAACAACUUCAUCCACCUCUUCACUUUGUUCUCUUCCCUUUCAUGGCUCAAGGCCACAUGAUCCCCAUGGUUGAUAUUGCAAGGCUUUUGGCUCAGCGUGGUGUGACCAUAACAAUUGUCACGACGCCUCAGAACGAAGCGAGGUUCAAGAACAUUCUAAGCCGAGCCAUCCAGUCCGGCUUGCCCAUUAGGCUGGAGCAUGUGAAGAUUACAUUUCAAGAAGUUGGUCUGCUUGAAGAACACGAAAACGUAGAUUCUCUUGACUCAAUGGAGCUGAUCGUACCUUUCUUUAAAGCAGUGAACAUGGUCGAAGAGCCGGUCAUGAAGCUCAUGGAAGAGAUGAAACCUAAACCAACAUGUCUAAUAUCUGACUUUUGUUUGCCUUACACAAGCAAAAUCGCCAAGAAGCUCAAUAUCCCAAAGAUCGUUUUUCAUGGCGUAUCUAGCUUUUGUCUUCUGUGUAUGCAUAUUCUACACCGAAACCUAGAGAUCCUGGAGGCCUUAAAGUCAGACAAAGAGCGUUUCUUGGUUCCUAAUUUUCCUGAUAGAGUUGAAUUUACAAAACCUCAAGUUACUAUAGCAAAUGAUAGUGGAGAGUGGAAACAAAUCUUGGCUGAACAGGUUGAAGCUGAUGACACAUCAUAUGGUGUAAUCAUCAACACAUUUCAAGAGUUGGAGUCUGCUUAUGUGAAGGACUACAAGGAGGCUAGGGCUGGUAAAGUAUGGUCCAUUGGACCUGUUUCCUUGUGCAACAAGGUAGGAGUAGACAAGGCCCAAAGGGGGAAGCAAGCUGCUAUUGAUCAAGAUGAGUGUCUUAAAUGGCUUGAUUCUAAAGAAAAAAGGUCAGUGUUAUAUGUUUGUCUUGGAAGUAUAUGCAACGUUCCUCUUGCUCAGCUCAAAGAGCUAGGGCUAGGCCUUGAAGAAUCUCAAAGACCUUUCAUCUGGGUGAUAAGAGGUUGGGAGAAGUAUAAUGAGCUAGCUGAGUGGUUCUUGGAGAGCGGUUUCGAAGAAAGAAACAAAGAAAGAGGGCUCCUAAUCAAAGGAUGGUCACCUCAAAUCCUUAUCCUUUCACACCCUGCCGUUGGAGGAUUCUUGACACAUUGUGGAUGGAACUCGACUCUUGAAGGAAUCACCUCAGGUGUUCCAUUGAUCACUUGGCCAUUGUUUGGAGACCAGUUCUGCAACCAGAAACUGGUCGUGGAGGUUUUAAAAGCGGGUGUAAGUGUUGGGGUUGAAGAGGUCAUGAGAUUUGGUGAAGAGGAGAAGAUAGGAGUGUUGGUGGAUAGAGAAGGAGUGAAGAAGGCAGUGGAAGAUUUAAUGGGUGAGAGUGAGGAGGGAAAAGAGAGAAGAAAGAGAGUUAAAGAGCUUGGAGAAUUAGCUCACAAGGCUGUUGAAGAAGAAGGCUCUUCUCACUCCAACAUCACAUGCUUCCUUGAAGACAUGGUGCAAGUAGCACAAUCCAAGAAGUGAUGUAUUGUUGUUACUCUCUAUUAUAUCAUUGAUCAUGUAAUAUUUUAUCAGCUAUUAAACUUCACAAAAAAAUUAUCAUUUAUGUAUGGUUGAAUAAUCGAAUUUAUAUCAAAUUAUAUACACUAAAUAGUUUUUUUUUUUCAUAUUCAAACAUUUAAAUAGUGGGAAAAGCAAGUUUAUAAUAUUUUGUUUUGUUAAACAGAGAGUUGAAAGCUAGACAAGUGGUUCUGAAGAUUACAGCUGCGGUAUUGCUUCUAGCGACUCCUCAGAGCUUUACAUAUAUAUAAUCACUGUGUUUUAUUUUCUUGUUGAAGACUUAUCAACAACCCUUUUCCUCCUUAUGACAAAGUUGAUUUUGACGUAUGCUACAAAGUAUGAAGAUUUUUAGUUUCUCUAGUUACUAAUAUGAUAUGGGCUUUGAGAAUUUGUGUUACUAGAACGCCCAAUAAUAUAUCAAAGCCCAAUAAUAUAUCAAAGCCCAUUAACUCGGAAGUGAGAUGAAUGAUCAGAUCUUGAACUGGAAAUAACACUCUCAUAUAAGUGUCACUGUCCCUGAAAUUGAUCUUCCCGACAACAACCCACGACACCAUCACAGAGAAAAUGUAGUGUUGUUAUUAACCUGUGCAAAUCCAUGUAAUAUUAACAUAGAUAUAAUUUAAUAAAAAAAUGAGUUUAAGCUUCGAAUCGAAGAAACACCAAUGCCUUGUUUUCCUGAAGUUCAAGUUGCAAUUGACAAGUGAAAAUCAUAUAUGAUCAGUGAUUCAAAUUCAUCUGGGAAGUAUAAAAUCAAAUCUGAAAAAUAUGAAUGGAUGUGGAGUUGGAGCUACAAUAAAAAAAAAACGUAGCCAAGGGAAAUAUGGCAUAUCCAAUAGAAGAUUCUUAAUUCUCGUCCUAUAUAGUUUCACAAUAUAUACUUUUAUUUUUAUAAAAUCAAUAAACAAAAAGUUAAUCAGUAGCAGUGUUAGUGUAUAGCACUACUUUCCUAUGACUCAAAAGUCUCAAACAAAAUGUUGCUUCGCCUUUUCACGAUUCAAAUAUUUUGAAUAUUUUCUAAAAUACUGUAACAACCAUAAAUUCAAAAUACAAAACUGUGGUUACACGGUAUAACGUAUAGCAAGGUUGCUCGUUAAAAGAUAUCAGUUAAUCUCACAUAGUAGCAUACACGUGAAUCAACAACAUAAAUACAUAAACAACUGAUCGUCACCGAAGUAUAUAAUCAAUAUGGCGAAUUGGUGAUUCGUGUGAUGUUUAAUGGUUUACGUAACUAUAGACUAUGUGUAUAUCUUAGGUUUAAAACAUGAACCAGAAUAACAAAAAUAAAGUUGCAUGGGUGAGAUUUUAGUUGUUUGAUGUUUUGUAGGCAUUUUGCACGCACAGAAUAUAAAUAUACAACACGUCAAGUCAUCGCAUACGUAUGAUCCAUUACAGGGUUUAUCACACGUAUUGCUUUUGUUUGUUUAAUUUCAUAGGUACUAUCAAUGUAUUCAUCAGACAAGAUAACUCAUGAAAUCGGAUCCCAUUUUCUUAAAGUAAACGAGAAAGUAAAGUAUAUAUUUUAUGGCGUGUGAUUGGAGCUGAAGUGAAAAGGGUAGCCAAUGAAAAUAUGGCAUAUCCUUGGAAGAUUCCCAAUUUCUCAACCCAUCAUUUUUUUUUUCAAAAUAUUUAAUAUUAUCACACUUUAUCACAUGGAUGUAACUUUGCUAGCGUAGAAGGGACAUUAUAGAUGUAUGUAUUUGUGCGAGUCUAUAAAGAAAGCAUAAAAGCAUCAUAUGAAACCCUCUCUCCACAACACCGAAACAUGACGGUGGUGUUGGCUCUUCUCGAAGAGCCUCAGGAAGUUUGAACCCAGCAAGCGGGUUCUUCUCUAUAUAUGUAGAUUGGGCAACUCGAUCUGAUCCUUUGGCAUUUCCUCUAUCUGAUUGAAGAAGAAGAAGAAGAAGAAGGAAGAUGAUGUGUGUAUCUUCUUCUAACUUUUGAGAGUUCUGUUCAACUUGUGUUUGGUUCACUGUUUCGCUUCUUCUGGUUUAUAUUAUUUGUUUUGUUAUGUCUUUUUGAUUAUCUCUCCAUCUGUGUGUUAGUAACGUGAUGAUUACUACCCUAAUGUUUUAUGAGUUGAUGCUGAAUUCUAUAGUAUCUUAAUGGUUUAUACUGUA